CUUAGUAAGGUCGAUUCAAACGACAGAUAAAUGUCCGGCGGUACUACAUCAUGUGCGAACGCGUUAUCUGUCAGCGCCUUCUGAGAAGGCGGGAAUUCUACUCGAGUCUCAACAUACAGAGUGAGGCUACUGGAUAUCGCGAGGGCUGUGUUCAUAUCAUCCGAGUCGGAUAGCCAAUAUCCCUUUCAAGAGUAAAGAAGAAAAAGAGACUGUUUUGAUGGCACACCAUCAGGGAGAUGUUCGCGACAGCUCAAACGCCCUUUACGGCAACAACAGGUUCGAGGGUCAAGUACACUUUGGUGGACACAUUGUAAACAACAACUACCAUUAUCCAUUUGCUCCGGGACCUUCGGGUCUUGCUUUCCAGCAACCACUCGAGAGCAAUGACGAUGAAGGGAACUCGUCAUCAGGAGACAAGCAUGACCUUUUCAGCGAAUUUGAUCGCAUAUACGAGCAGCAUCCGUCGGCGGCCCAGCUGUUGUCUCUCAUAGGCAUGUUCCAUCCACGGAGCAUUCCAAGAUCGCUCCUUCUGGACCCGACUUCAUCGACUUCUAGAGUGGCCAGGCAGGAAGUCGAGCGAAAAUUCGAGAGAGAUUCCGAAAUUCUGCUAGACUGCUCUGUUGUCCGAUUAGAUACAGACGGCAGCGGUCUCUCCAUGGAUGGUUUCGCACAUCACUGCGUUAAAGAAUGGCUGUCCGAAGAUCAAGUACGAUUUUUCAAAUUGAGGUCUUGGUCCGCUCUGGCGAGCAACAUCCCGGAUCCUAAUGCAGGUAAUUUGGAACGCUUUGAGUCGCUGCUGCCGCAUAUAGAGGUCGUGGCGAUGGAAGAUCCACGGUCGGUCGAUGCACAGUCAGCGGUCGUGUGGACCACUAUCCUCAGACGCGGAGCGUGGUACGCCCACAGGACCGGGCGAUACCCGAUGGCCGAGCAAAUGUCCCGUAAAGCAUUGGGUGUAAGCAAGGAAAUGUUUGGGGUGAAUCACUACAAGACAAUACGCUUCAGGUCACAACUGGCAAGAGCAUACGCUCGUCAGAUGAAUUACCCUGCAGCGGAAAAGAUCCAGUCUCGAGUCGUUCAACACCAACGCAAGACAUACGGCGCCAAAGACCGUAGAGUGCUACUGGACAGCUCAGAACUGGCCACGACUCUUUACCACAUGAACGACCCUGGAGCAAAAGCCAUCUACCGUGAGAUACUACCUGGCUUGGAAGGGAUACUGCGCGAUAACAACCUGUCCCCCACAGACACCAGGAAUAUCAAUGCCGCCAUUUCAGAAACAUUGCACGGCCUCCAGAAGUGGAACAAGUGUGAAACCGUGGACCGCCAAAUCCUAGCCAGGACGCUCGAGACCUUGUCAAGAUACGACCUGACCUCUCUGAACGCCAUGGACAGACUAGGUCUGACACUGCAACGCAGAAACAAACACCAAGAAGCCGAAACCUUGUUCCGGGCUUCGAUAAAAGGAAGAACGGAAAAGCUGGGUGAUUGUCACAUCGACACAUUAAACUCGAUGUUGCAUCUCGCGGAUACUCUAGCAGCGCAACAUGAGUUCCGCGAGGCGAAAGUACUGUACAAGGAAGCACUCGAUGGAUUCGAAGAAUGGGUAGGGUCACAACAUGAGAUCAUAAGGAGAUGUUACAAGAGCUUCCAAGACUGCUCGGGCAUGGUCCAAGAUGACGUCGAGAGGCCGAGAGCUCGAAGCAGUAGUGGUGAAAGUCAAGAAUCGGCAAGCAGUAGUGACGAUGGCCAAUAUGCGAGUUCUAGUGAUGGUUACCAGGCUCACAAGCAAGGUGAGCAGCACAUUGAUAGGAAAAGAGGCGUGUUCAAAUGGUUUAGGCGAGGCUAGAGUUCCGAUCAUAACUCUGGUUAUACAAGUGCUUUGUCUUGGUGUUGUCAUCUAUUGGGCAGAUGCGUGAAGGUAAAGAGAAACGCUAACAGAGUACGAACAAUGUGAAAUUCAGAGUAGCAAGAUGUGGAGAGGUCUGUCCGGCCCCUGUGUCUCCUGGCUAGGCUAGGAGGUCGGUCGUGUG